UUCUUUAAUCGUGAACAUCAGUGUAUUCCCAAAAUAAACUGGAAUUUAUGAAGCGUAAAGCCGAAAAUAAUUAAGCUGACAGUAGAGUCAUGUGAUUCAUUAGUCCCCUGUCAAGAAGUAAUUCUUCUUUUCUUUAAAGUGGAACUGGAGCCGACGAAAAUAUGUCUGUUUCGUCGCAAGAGGAACUGAAGAAUGCCUUCAAGUCCUACCUGCUUGACAAGCAUGAGCAAGAUGUGCUAACAGUCUUGGAAGAGGAUGAUGAGGAUGAAUUCUAUCAUGUCACUGUGGACGCCACUUCACUGUUUGAGACCAACACAGAGUUCUGCGAUCAGCUGUUGCCCCGGCCUCUGGACACACUGGACAGGUUCGACGUCGCUUUGGUGGACGCACAAGUUCUUCUGAAGACGAGACAGGAGGAGAGCAGUCAGUGUGCUCACCUGACUGUGAAAAGAAAGGUUCAUGUGCGGGUGAUGUCACUUCCUGUCUGCCCAGAGCUGAUCAAAACGACUUUACCACGGACACAAGAUGUCGGCAGCUUUUUGGCAGUCACAGGGACGGUGAUUCGCACGACGCAAGUGAAGAUGCUGGAGCAUGAGCGAGAGUACAUGUGUACUAGGUGUAGAACUGUCAUCACAGCCAAGGCUGAUUUUGAGCAGUUUUACAGUCUGGCGAAACCUGCAAUGUGCAUCAACGAGGCUUGUGGGGGGAACAAUCUGAUGGCUUUAGGAGACAAAGGUGCUGGUCCGAGUGAUUGUCGUAACUACCAGGAGAUCAAGAUUCAGGAACAGGUUCAGCGUCUGUCUAUGGGGACAAUCCCGCGAGCCAUGUGGGUCGUGCUAGAGGAUGACCUGGUGGACAGCUGUAAGGCGGGGGACGAUGUUAGUGUCUGUGGCGUUGUGAGACAGCGUUGGCGACCACCUUCUGCCGAUGCCCGCUGUGAUAUUGAGAUCGUCCUGCAUGCCAAUCAUGUUCUGGUCACUAAUGAGCAAAGAAACGAUCUGCUGAUUACUCAAGAACUGAAAAAUGAAAUCAAGGACUUCUGGAAUGAGCAUCAGUUAUCCCCCUUAGCUGGCCGUAAUGCCAUUCUGUCGAGCCUCUGCCCACAGGUGUAUGGCUUAUACGUGGUCAAGCUAGCGGUGGCCGUAGUGCUUGCCGGUGGACUGCAGCGCGUGGAUGAAGGGGGGUCCAAAGUGAGGGGAGAAAUUCACCUGCUGCUUGUGGGAGAUCCAGGGACGGGGAAAUCUCAGUUCCUGAAGUAUGCGUCCAAGAUCACGCCUCGCUCGGUGUUGACUACUGGUAUAGGCAGCACAAGCGCAGGGCUGACUGUUACAGCAGUGAAGGAUUCAGGAGAAUGGCAGUUGGAGGCCGGUGCUCUUGUGUUGGCCGACGGAGGCUUGUGCUGUAUCGACGAGUUUAAUUCCAUCAAAGAACACGACAAGACGAGCAUCCAUGAGGCUAUGGAGCAGCAGACUAUCAGCGUGGCGAAGGCCGGGCUAGUGUGUAAACUCAACACACGAACAACAAUCUUGGCUGCCACCAACCCCAAAGGACACUAUGAUCCUAACGAGUCCCUGUGUGUGAACGUAGCCCUGGCCAGUCCGCUGCUUUCCCGCUUUGAUCUGGUCCUGGUCCUACUGGACUCGCAGAAUGACCGCUGGGACAGAGUUGUCUCCUCUUUCAUUCUGGAGGGCAAAGACCCGGCUGCUGACCUGAGUGGCCUGUGGUCCAUGGAGAAGAUGCAGGCGUACCUGACGAUGGUCAGAGCUCUGAACCCUCGGCUCACACCGGACUCAAGCAGAGUUCUCCAGGCGUAUUAUCGAGCCCAACGUAGUGCUGAUGAUCGCAAUGCUGCGCGCACAACGAUGCGUUUGUUGCAGAGUAUGAUACGGUUGUCUCAAGCCCACGCCCGCCUUAUGUUCCGAGACUCCGUGACGGUACAGGACGCUGUGGUGGCGGUCACUCUGAUGGAGUCCAGCAUGCAGGGAGCUGCUUUGCUGGGUGGUGUGAAUACUCUGCACACGGCUUUCCCUCAGGACGCAGAUGACGAGUAUCUUCUUCAAGCGGAUCUGAUUCUGAGACGACUUGCACUGGAUGACCUCUUGGAGGUGGAGCUGACCCACUGGAACAAGGUCAAGGUGAACAGACAGCGACAGAAAGCUUCGCAGCAAAGAGAACAGCAGCAACAAAUGUCUGCUUCUCUCUCACAACGUUCAGAUGAGCUGUCUCAGCCGCCACAAGGGAUUCUUGUUUCAUCUUCCUUCCAAAACUCUCAACCAGAACAUGAGACAGAGGGUGACUGUAGGGCUGGGACAUCAAAUGACCUUGGUGGAAGAGUUUCAUCAACUGCUGCUGAGGAAAUCCAGACAGCCCGUGAGAGAAUUGCGGCUUCAACUGACCUCGACUCUUGUGCAUCAUCGGUGACCCCUGGUGAGGAGGUGACAUCUGUCCGCACUGAGGAUGACGAGACAGGGAGACAUGACCAUCAGGUGUCUGAAGACGUUCGCCCGUCACAGCUGGGCCACGAUAAUCUGGUCCGACAGAGUACACCCAUCAAACCACACAACCUACGGAGAGGUGAACCUCUUCUUGACGUCUCCACCAUCGAUGCAGUGACAGAGAGUCAUGGUGCCAAGUUUUCAGGGACUCAGAAUACUCAGAUGAAAAGAUGGGAACAGGCACAGGGUAGAACCAACGGCCCACAAAUGAUCCGUUCUUCUCCCAACCCGACGUUAAAACAAAUCCAAGCUGAGAAGGGAAGUAAAGGUAAAAGUGCGUUGUUUGUGAACUGUGUUCCUGAUGAUCCUUUCCUUGAUCUGGCGUCUGACGACUUUGAUCUUUUAGCGGAUGACAGCGCAGAUAAGUCAGCGUUGAUAGAUCUGUUGGAUUUGACUGCAACUGGUAAAGAACUCUUCAGCAAGAAAAAUAAGAAGGUAGAGAAUACUAAAGGUGUGAUUAGCAGUAAAGCUGCUGUAGGAAAAAAGUCAGCUGAAGCUGAUCACGAUGUUGAGACUGAAAGGGACUGCAUCGGGUCAACGAUUCAGCACAGGCUCAAGUUGAUGGAGGACAGAGAGAAACUGCGGGAGGAGCAAGGUGAUGAUGUCAACUUGUUCUCAGAGAAAGCUCUAGAAAGAGCUGGUAAAUUAGUGAUCAGCAAAGAUGGAUUUCGGAAAGCAAAACGCUCUAUAGACAAAGACAGUCAACAGGUAGGAUAUUCGUCAGAUUCCAAGAACUCUACAAAGAGAAAGAAGGAAAAGGUGAAAAAGGUAAAAAGAAGAAAAGUUAGUAUAGAAAAUGUAACAGAAAGUGAAGAAGUUGAGAAAUCCAUUCCAGGUAGUGGUGAUGAAAGCUGUGAUGAGUUUGAGAAUGAGAAAUGUGCUGACGACAAAGACAAUGGUUUAGAUGAUUCUGCCCAUGGCUUGAGUGGAGGUAAUGAUGAUAAACAGGUCAAUGUUCUCUCAAGGGGAGUAAAGAGGACCAAGAAAAACUCCAAACAUUCUGACCAAGUUGAAGGAUUGUCAGAUAAAAAGGAAAGAAGGAAAAAGAAUUUGGAUGGAACGAAAAUUAAAAAGACUAAGAAAGACAGUGAGGAAGAGAGGGAAAGCAUCUCCAAUAAGAAAAGGAAACAUUCAAGUCCUUCGGACCACGGACAGAAGGAUGGGGACGGAGAAAAUGUGACAACUGCUGUGAGAGAUACGGAAAGGAGUCUGCCAUGUUCUAAAGGUAGUACGAUAAAAACACCUGUCUCUCGUUCAACUCUUCAGAAACUGAAGCAGUUUUCUUUCAGCAGCUGUGAGGAAACGACGCAGAACGAGGACAACAACAAUGGCAGUGACCUUGAUGAAUGUGACGGGAGGUCGUCUUAUUUUGACAAGCAGAGUUGUCAUUUUGGUGCGGAAAAAAUUAGCACCGUGCCUGAUUCUGCGACAUCAGCACCUGUGGAUGAGAUAACUGGGACGAAAUUGUCCUCGGGGUGUGUUGACAUGUCUCCUGCUGAAAAUGAAAUAGUAAUUUAUGAUGUCGAGAAUGGAAAUGAGGCCAUAGAGAGCUCUUCAGUCCAACUUGCAGGGGCAAAAGUGGACAGCACAGAGGAAGAUCAAAAUGCAAGCAUCUGGGCUCCAACACGAAAAGGCGAUGGCCGGAUCACGCAAAGGUCCAAGUUCACUCGGGACAAGAGAGAUGACGUUCCGAAGGCAUAUGCUACUGAGGACCUAACCAGUGACAAAGAAGUUGGGCAAAAAAAUGGACCCAAGAGUUUGACUCCGAAAAGUGAAGAUUCUGCUGAUCUCUCCAGUUUCUUUUCAAAAUUUAAAUUUAAAAAGACUGCUUCUUCUCCAGGCUCAGCCAUGUCACAUCAGAAAGAUAAGCCCACGAGAGAGAUAUCUGAUGCCGGUCCCAAGAUGGAUGCUGAUGGAAGAGGAAGUAGGUCAACCAAAUCUCUGAAAGACCAGACUGACGACAGCUCACUACAAAGAAAAUCUUCUGUAGUUUGCUCCAAGUCAGGAGUGGAUGAUCCAUCCAGAGAAAAUACAGUGGACAGUCCUUCUGAUGAUACAGAUGUGCUACAGGUUCGCUCUUCAUUUAAAAGGAAUAACCCUCCAAAGAGUGCUGCUGAAGUGAACUUGUUUAAGCUGUCAGAGAGUUACGAUAAAGACAUGGACGAUUUUCUCUCUUCACCGACCAAGCUGCCCUUAAAUGACCCUGUGUUGCCCCUUCUCACCAGUUCUGCUCAACCUAAUACGUCUCAAAAGAGAAGAAAGUGUACUAAAGUAAGUAAUUCUACAAACAAUCAUUCCAAUUCAAAAGAGGACUCUGUUUCUUCGCAGCGUUCUGGUAUCGAAGAAAAAGCUGCCAGAAAUAAAACAGACUUGAACUCUGCUGCAGAAAUGUCCGAAGCGGCAUGGCAAAUCAAUGAGGCUGAAGCAUUUGCAGACCAGUUGGAUGAGUCAUUUGAUGACAUAGUAGACCAAUCUCAAGAUUUGAACCCUGACUUGACAGUCAGCACUUUACAGCUGAGGACACAAGACGAAAUUCAGAACUCCGCUCUCCCUCUUUCAGGUUCGCAAGAUCUUUACUCAGAACCCCCAAGUAGCAAUUCUAUUAUCCCCAGUGGAGCAUUGUCAUCUCAGAGUUCUCUUCCUUCCUUCCUUCCCUCACCCUCAAAAGUGCCAGUCUCACGGGAAAAGCAUCAGUUCAAAAAGUUUACGUUCACAAAGCUGAAAAAGAUGGACUCCGGAGGAGCUGUGUCCUCCUCACAACAGAACAACGUGGCUGUUCCUUCUGCAGAUGGUGUGUUACUCAGUCAAAGCAGUCACGGGGAUAACUCUCAGAACGUCGCUCCGCCUUCUAGCGUUCCAUUUAUGGCCAUAGGGUCAACACCGACAGCUUUGGGUGGACGCUCUUCGGAUCGUCUCCCUUUGCUCAACUCUUCUCCACAGUUAAAGGUUGGUGAAAUGUCACAGCAAAGCAGAACAAGCAAUGCAGACAAUGUCACCCCCAGUGCGUUCAGCAGACAAAAAAGUCACACACAAAGAAACGCCACUUCUGCCGUUGAAUCGAUUUCUUCGGGUAGAAGUGUCCACAAAAACCUUACACAUCAUUCCUCAUCGGACAAUAUGGCUCCCUCCUCUCAAACUCGGCCCGUUGCCGGAUUGGAUCGUAGGCUUCCUUCUUCAUCUUUCUCCUCCUCCCGGGGAAAACAAGACUCUGCUCCCUCGUGGCUGCUGCGUAGGACGGAGGGUGAAGCAGUAGCCAAGAACAUGUCGUCGUCCAGGUUUGCCUCGUUGGCUUCUUCCUCCACAGGAUUUGGCGAAGACAUUGAUUUGGAUGAUGGUUUAGAAGAGUUGUUAAAUGCUGACUUAUGAGGGUAGUUCUGCAAAAAAUUACACUCAUGACCAUGUAAUAUUUGUGUGUGUAUGUUACGCUGACACACACGUUUUGACUGUAAAUACAAUCUAGCACGCAGGCAACAAUAUUGGCGGGAUGCAAAAAUCUUUUUAUCAUAUCAUGUAUGAAUUUUCCUUAUGUACGUGUUUUUAGUUUAAAGAACAUACACGUAUAUAAGGAAAAAAUUACGAACGUAAAAAUCUUAUUGCUUUGUGUGUGUUUUGCUAUGUGCAUCCUAGACUGUAUCUCUACAUUAUGUAAAGAGAAGUAGAGAAAGACAGCAAGGCAUAGUUGUGAUAGGUUGAUAGUGAUAGUGAUGGCACGAACAUGCUUUAGGCAGAAGAUGGCAGAACUAGCAGAUGUGAUAUGUACAGAUGACUAUGCAAGAAAAAUCCUGAUCCACAAAUAGCUUUUUUUCCCUCUACAUGUACAAAUAUAUUACACAGAGAGACGGGAGAGAGAGAGAGAGAGAGAGAGAGCGAGCGGGGAGAGCGAGCGGGGAGAGAGAGAGAGAGAAAGAGAGAGGGAAACUUAUGUCUGAACAUGACGUGCAUAGGCCUACACAUGAAUUGCAGAGGAAAGUACUAGUCCGUGCUCAUAUAAACAUUUAUUUUUGUACCUGUAUAUAUAUGUUUAUUUCAUGAAAUAAAAUGAAACUAAAGUG